AUAGUUAAUGGUCCGUUAUUUAGGUAGUGUUAUUCAGUACGAUAGUGGUUCUUACCUAAAUAAGGCAAGGUAAAUCAUGCUGAUUUCCCUUAUCGGCAGACGAGUCUAUAAAUUGAACUCUCAAACGUCAAAAUCAAACUAUACUUGCAAUCUGUAUUUACAUGAAUGUUUUGUGUUAAGAUUUCAAAGACUUUUGGGUUAUACCUUCUAAAGCUGAUCAAGAAAGAAAGAACCAGCAAAAAUGGAAUCAUAUCAAACAGAUGACAGAUUUGUCCGUGAUGCUGGUAACUCUGACCUGACAUUAAUUGUACAGCAACACAAAAUACAAGUACAUAAAACUGUGCUUGCUGUUGCAUCACCUGUGUUUCGGACAAUGUUUGAAUCAGACUUCAAAGAGAAAGACCAGCAGGAAAUAGAGCUACCAGGGAAAAAGUAUGAAGAUUUUAUGGAAUUUCUGAGCUGUCUGUAUCCCAACCAUCUAAAAAUAGUAACAGAUGGAAAUGUUUACAAAAUACUGCCACUAGCUGCAGAAUAUCAAGUUAAAGUGCUAGAAAAUCGGUGUGCUCAGAUCCUUACAGAAACAGUUACAAAUAAACAUACAAAGGAUGCUAAAGAGAUAUACAGACACAUACAGCUGGCAAAUCUUUACAAAUUCAAUGACCUGAGGAGUGAAUGCAUUGCAAUAGCAUCAGAUCUGAGUCUGUACCAACUUGACAGGGCAGGAUCGAGGUACCCAAUAGCAGAUAACGAUCUUAUAGAAAUACAAUGGCUUGCCCUUAAAAAACAUGAACUAGACAAAAAAGAUGACGACAGACUUAGACGAGAAUAUGGAAAGUACUUGUCUGUCAUUAAAAAUGAAAUAAAUUCUUACAAGAACAGAUCUGAUAAAGAACUUGCAUUAUCUUCUGCAAGGCUUUGGUACAGGUAUUUCCUAAAAGAUCAAGAAUGUAAAAAAACUGUUAGAGAAAAUCUGAAAAGAUUUACUGAACCUCUGCACUGUUCAGAAACUACUGCCAUUGAUAACUUUCAAGAAAAACUUGGACUACUCCCUGAAAUGGCUAAGACAGAACUGGGUGUAGUUUCUAAAGCUAAAAGGACUGAUUACACAGACCUGUUGUCUGACGCUUGAAUCGUGAUUCUCAGGAAUUCAAGGUUUGAUCACGACUUAACGAAUUUGGAGCAUUACACCAAACAGGAAGUGACUACUCGGUGUUACAUGUACUACAUGAAGUAGUCCAAAGUGUAGUUCCAUGCUGUUGAUGAAAUAUGAGUGAUAUGAGGAUGUGGCAGUUAUAUUAUACUUUUGGCUUAGUUUUAUUGCUUAUUGUAUUGUAAAAAGAUCUAGAUCAUUUUGGUUGUGAAUUUCCAGGUAUUAGUUUGAUUCUUUGAGAAAAUGUCUACAUAAGCGUAAUUGCUAAAUGACUACAGUAAACCUCGCUUAUAAGGAACAGCUUGGGACCUCUAAAAAUUGUUCUUUAUAACCGAGGUUUCUUAUAUCCGAACUAAUUCCUUGUAACCGAGGUUUGUAUAACGAACACAAUUUGUAUAGCGAACACUAUUUGACUGAGGUUUGAAAAGGGCUCCGGGUCAACCAUGAAUCUUUAUGUGAGAAAGUAGUCUAGUACCGGUCCUUUCCUAGAGAGAUGGUAAGGUAAACUGACUGCGUGUAUAUGACUGAAAUAGUGUUGAAACACGGCGUUUGAACAUAAACUAAGCCAGAAUGUACGUCCGUAAGAAUGACGUGAUUUGCUAUUUCUAUCUUCUUUUUUAGAGAGCACUACAUUAUGGUUAUAAGAUAUGUUGCAGCCCUUACCUUGCUCGACAGCAUGUUAUAUGAAUAUGCAUCAAUACUAAUAUAAAAUAAAUGUUCAAAUAAUACAAAAAUGUUAAAUUAGACUACCAAUUAAAAUUUAAUGGUAGGGUGUUUAUGACAUACAGUGCAUUACGACUAGACAACGGCGCCAUAAAUAUGGACUAAAGUGUAAAUUAUACCUUUAGUUUUGCUAUUGUCCAUUUUAGCACCUGCUAUAAUUUUUACAAAACUGGAAGGUUUGCCAUUGUUAACCACGCGUAAUUAACACAUUUAUUUAGGAUAGUAUGACAUGACCCUGUCCGCGACUGACUUUCGUACACUAUUGUUAACAUGAAAUACUUAAUACAUGUAGCUCUCAAACAUAAUCUCGAGUAAAUAUAAGUUAAUGAUGAUAUUAUUUAUUUUCUUUUUAUCAUAUCCGUAAAAUAACAAACUAAAGAUGAUAGAAAUGAAAUAAUAUGUGUUUAUUCAUGUGCAUAAAAGCGCAUGAAAGUGCCGACGUUACUCUGACGUCAUCAGCGAUUCUCCUGUUUAUUUCCAGUUUUCAAUAAUUUUUAUUCUUUAUGUCUGUCCGCUAUAACCGAGGGGUUUUCCAUUGAAAUUCGUACUUUGGGACUGGAAAAAGUGUUCCUUAUAACCGAGUGUUCCUUUUAACCGAGUUCCCUAUAACCGAGGAUUUUUACAUUGAAUAAAGAAGGAAUUAGAUCGGGGAAUUGAAAACUGUUCCUUAUAACCGAGUGUUCCUUAAAUCCGAGUUCAUUAUAAGUGAGGUUUACUGUAUUUUCAUGGGAACAUUUUCAGAGGGUGAUGUUUUUCAGAACAGAUUAUUUUUCUUAUAUGUAACAUAACAUGUCAAUAUUUUUCUACUUUUGAUAAGAAGACAUGUCAUAAUAAAUGACCAUAUAUGGUUUUCAUAUCACUGAAAUGCUGUUAAGAAUAUAUGCUUUCGAGUGGCGAGAUUAAUGCUCGUUUAUAAAAUCAUAACAGAUUAAUUCAAUACAAACAAAAGCUGUUCAUAAAACAGCAUGCUCGAAAAUUUGACAACUUUCAAGUCAAACAAGGGCAAUAACUUGACAAGACAGUUAUUUUAUUAAAAUUUACAACAAAUUAAAAUUUUAUUAUGGCAAUGCAAAAGCUUCAACUAAAUUUUCAAAGUAAAGAUGGGACAUAGUUUGAAUUAAUUUCAACUACGAGUUCUCUAACUUGGUUAUGAAUGAACAUUGGAUGAGAGGGAUGUCCUAAGAAGUUUUAAGCCUGACAGUUACAUGUAAAAAUUUGACCAAAUUGAAGGGCCAUAAUUUGAACCAUUCUUUUAUACCUUAUUUGGUCCAUACAAGUAAAUAAGGUCAUGUUAUUUCAGAAGUUUAUUGAUUUUUUCUUUGCUAAUGCAAAUAUUGGUUAAAAAAUCAUUCAGGAUCCUCAUUCAAUUCCUAAACAAGCUUGUGGUAUCCUGAAAAUUUGUGUUUUGUGUUUAUGAAUAACAUAUACCCAUUUAAUACUUAAAAGAUGACUUUGGCAUCUUUGUAUAAUAAAUAUUCAAGCAAUAACAUAUCAUUUUCACCCAUUAGGGUCAUUUUACAUGUGUUUCUAUUUAUUAUGCUAUGCUUCUACACAUUUCUAACCAGAUAUUCAUAUCCAAAGUUUGUGAAUGUGUAAAAGCUCCGGCCAAUUCUGAAACGAAAUAAAAAUAACAUUAGUUCGGUUUCAGUUCCAGUUUGGUGUAUCUGUGAAAUGGCCUUUACUGAAAUACAGAUUAAUAGCUGCUUGCAAAACUUCCACUAAAAUUUUCUAAGUAAAAAGGGCCAUAAUUUGUAAAACUUUCAACCAAGAGUUUACCUAACUUGGUUAUUUCAGUAGGUCUGAUGACUGGGAAGCACAAUGGGAAGUUUCAAUCCAAACCGUAGAGUAGUUGUUAAUGAAAUACAACUUGAUAAUUGCAUGCAAACCUUUAACUCGCUUUUCUAAGUUGAAAAACUUAAAUUUAACCAAGAGUUAUUUAACAUGGUUAUUUCAGUAGGUUUAAUAACUAGGAAGCCUUGAGUGACGUUUCAAUCCAAAACAAACAAUGGUUACUGAGAAAUGAACUUGCACACAAAACUUUAACCAAUGUGACACCAACAUCAACACAUGGGUGAGUUGAAUAGCUCUUACUAUUCUUCAAUUAGUCAAGCUAACAAACAAGUAACCUCUAUUUGCUGUCCAAAUUAAACCAUUAUAAAAAAGACACAAGAAGCUCCAUUGGGCCUUAGUCACUAACCUUAAGAGGACCGUACUUCUGACCAAGUUUGGUGAACGUCCUAAAUGCUGUCCAUUAAAAGUUAUUUAAAGUUUUUUUUCUAUAUUUUGCUGUGAUGGCACAAAAUCUUUAAACAAAAGAAUACACUUCAUGAUUAAAAGUUGUUCAUGAUAGAA